AGGUUCACUAGCACAUCAAAGCAUGCAGGGAAACAAAUUCGUCGUGUUGUUGAUUGCAAGUCUGUGUGUUACAGCGAAUGCCUACUAUCAAGGUCACAGGGUGAAUGGUGUUCAGUCAGUUGCAAAUGAAUAUUUGAAUGAGCUCGAACCUUUGGUUGAAUUGUCUGAAGAUCUAGAAUAUCAGGAAUCAGUAGAUCCACAUCAGCAAACAUAUGGUCAGUGGUCAUCAGGCCAAUCAGAAGAGCAGCAGCAGGAAGAAUUGACUAUGGCGGGGAAGAAGCUUUGUGUCUGUGAGAGUGAGGCGCCUCGAGUCCAUCUACCUGUCAGGUAUGACAACUUCGCUGAAGAAAGUUACAACUAUGACUACCAACCUACUGAAAGCUCAUAUGGAGGCGCAUAUUAUCCUGUUCGGAAGCGUCAUCUAGCCUAAUUGUCCCUAUCCUUCCAUAUCAUGCCAUAAUGCAUUGAAAUGCAUGAAUGUGUACCGGCGAAUUCUGAUGCAAAUAUGUGACACGGAUAGUGUCGCAUAUUUUGCACAGAUUUUCUUCUCUUCACUAUUGAUUAGUUUCCCCGGUUAAAUAAAAUGUUUUACAAGCCAUGAGUGA